GUCACCGUCUCCAUCUCAUCUGCACAUACGCCUUGCGCCUCUUUUGCGCAUACUCUUACGCCUUACGCCCUCUGUUCUACGCUCACUUCAUAAACACUUCCGUUCAUGCCUUCUCCUCUCCCUCCCUCUCCCUCUCCUUCUCCUCCUCUCCACCCUCCCUCCUCCCCUCCCGAAGUCACCUCCGCUCCUCAGCUACCCACCCCGCUCCCUUCAACCCCACCCGCGCCCACCCCACACUCCUUCUACCUCCCCCAAGGCUUGGUCGGCAAGGCGCUCGCCCUUCCCGCCCAGCUUCUCUUCGCGCUCCUCGGCAUGCUCGGCGUCGCGACGUGGGCGCGCCAGAUCGUGCGCGUCGUCCCCCGCUCAGCGGGGACAAUUGCCCGUGACGCUGCCGAAGACGUCACGGCCUGGGUCGACCGCAACGUCCCCAGCCUCAAGGGCACAUUCAAGCCCGCCUGGUGGCUGCCCAAGUGCAUCGGCCACUUCCAGACUGCGUAUAUCGUUAUGGGCGACUUCAGCAAGGUGGACCGCGUCGACUAUGUGCGCACGAUGCUGCGAUUGCCUGACGGCGGCACUAUCUCCCUCGACAUCACUCCUCCCAAUCACUUGGAACUCCCCGUCGACGCACCGACGCUCGUCGUGUGCCACGGCUUGACGGGAAAUGCUAGAGAAAGCUACGUCCGCAACAUCCUCAACUGGGCGAUUAAGCCGACGAGCGAGGGCGGCAUCGGGGCGCGAGGCGUCGUCGUCAACUUCCGCGGUUGUGGCGGCACGCCUCUCACGUCCCCGCAGCUCUACUCGGCGGCCGCGUCGUGCGACCUCAACUCGGCGGCGCACUACCUGCGACACACAUUCCCCCAGUCGGCGCUCCACGGCAUCGGGUUCUCGCUCGGCGCGUCCGUUCUCGCGCGCUACCUCGGCGAGCGCGGCGACUCGUCCCUCCUCUCGUCGGGCACCGUUAUCGGCUGCCCGUGGGACAUCAACGCGCUUUCGCACGCGCUCGAGGACGGCUGGCUGUCCUCGCGGCUGUACUCGCGCGCUCUCGCACACAACCUCAUCAAGCUCUUCUUCCGGCACUACGACCGCAACCCGCUGAUGUGGGAGCAGAACGCGCAGCUCAAAGAGUGCGUGCCGGCCAUGAAGCACCUGCGGAGCCUCGGCAAGGACGUGCGCCUCAAGAUGGUCGACGAGAUGUUCACGGCGCGCGCCGGCGGCCCCCGCCCGCCAUGGCCGUUCGAUGGCGCGAAAGAGUACUACGAGUAUGCUGGUAGUGCGCAGCUCAUCCACAACAUCCGGGUACCCACGCUCGGUAUCAACGCAUACGACGACCCCGUGGUGCACGGCACCGCCCUCCCCAUCUCGCAGGUGCAGGAGGGGUCCCACGUCUACCUCGCGGUGACGGGCGCCGGCGGGCACCUCGGGUGGUUCGACGGGCCCAUAAAGGGCCCGGCGUCGCGGCGCCGCUGGGUCGUCAAGCCGAUGGGCGAGUUCCUGACCGCGGCGGCGCGCGACCUCCCGCCGCGUGCGCCCGUGUCCGUCGUGCCCGGCCCAGGCCCCGAGUGGGCGACUGUGACCGCCUCAACCUCAGCUUCGGCCCUGCCGAUGCCGGACGAGGUGUGGAUGCCGCCCGAGCUAGAGGGGUGGGAGAACGAGGUCGUGAACGGCAUGAGAGCCGGCGUCGAGCCUCCCCCCGAUGGGUUUGUCGGGGGCUCCCCGCUCUCGCCUGCGCUCUCGAUCGGCGUGCUCUCCGAAGAGGAGGAGGAGGGCGAGAUGAACUUUGACAUCUCGCGCACCGACACGCCCGUACAGCACCUCCACGGCGCAUGGCAGUGGGUCCAAGCGCCGCCGAUGGUGAUCCAGACGGGCGCAACGCCGACGCGUGUCGGAUGGAAGGUGCUGUGCCGCGACGAGGACACGGACAAGUGGCACCAAACGGCCACGCCCGAGCUGCAGGGCCUGUAGCGACCACACUCAUUAGAUGCUAGAUGCCAUUAGAUCGCCUCACGUCUGAAGAACCCGUCUCGGAGUUGCUCAUCGAGUCGCCCAUGUCUGAGGACGCCCAU